UUGCCAUCAUCAGUUACGAAUUUUCUAUAAAAGUAUAAAUAAUGGGUGUUGCAAAUCAGUUGCGAGUAUUUCCUUUUUUCUAACCACUUCGUUACAAUGGUUGGAGCUUACUUUACCUUGUAUGUAUUAUUGUUCGGGUUCGUUUUGAGCGAAGUUCCUGACUAUAUACAUAUAUGUCAUAAAAAAGAUCCAAAUGUCGUGGCUUGCAUUAAAGAAUCCAUCGAACAUCUUAAACCCAAAUUGGCUGAAGGUCUACCUGAAAUAGAUGCCCCUGGAAUCGAUCCCUUCCUUUUAGAUAAAGUAACUAUUUUCCAAGGAUCAGAGAAAUCUGGAUUAUAUGCAUAUUUGGAAAACUUACAAGUGCGUGGAGCAGGAGAUUUUGAAAUUACUAAACUGAAACUGGAUAUAGACAAGAUGACUUACAGAGUCGGUGUCACAAUUCCAUUCUUGGAUAUUGUCGGAGCAUAUAAUAUUAAUCUUAAAAUUCUGCAGAAUCCUAUUAAAGAAAAUGGCGACUUUCAUGCUAAUGUCAGUGGAAUUAAUGGGCAAGCUGUGAUACAAGGCGAACUAGAAGAAAAUCAUCUAAUGUUUAAAUCGUUCAACUUUAAAAUUGGCGUCAAGGACUUCAAUGUAGACUUUGGGGAUUUGUUUAAGUCAAAUCCAGCAUUAAACGAGUUGGCUAAAGAUUUGAUCAACAAUAACAAAGGAGAUUUAAUAAAAAUGGCUUUACCUUUCAUUGAGCGUAAAGUGGCUGAGAUAUUAUUGGAGACAAGCAACAAAAUAACCAAAAACUUGGAUUACAAUGAAGUAUUUCCUGAAUAAUACCUGCCAGUAUUCUUAUUAAAGUGAUAUUCGUUCCUAAAA